AUGUGCAAUAAAAACUUUGCAAGCGCAUGGAGUGCAAUUCAGAAGAGGUACGAUGUUCCUCGUCUACUCGUCUCAGCACAAUUGGACAAAUUAUCAAAUUUACCAACUUUGACCUCGAAGUCUGCCAAGCAGCUCUACUCAAUCACUGACCAGACCCAGGAAGCGAUCAGUGCACUCGUCGCUCAACAAGUCAAUCUCUGUGUUGGAGAUUGCUAUCUGCUAACUCGACUUAUCAUCUCGAAAUUGGAUCGGUCAACCCGAGAAGCAUGGGAAUUGUCAUUGGGAUCAUCAGUGGAGUUCCCAUCUCUCUCACAGCUUCGUCAAUUCUUGACUGAACACGCUCGAGCUCAAGAACGGUACGAGGAGAGUACCAACAAGCCUGGCGAUCAACAGAGGUCAAGUCACUCCAGCUCAAGAUCCACCGCCAAGGCCAUCAAGGGCACAGCACACGCCCACAUGGCUACUUCAAGCACUCAAGGCUCAACGGUGAGUCCAGCGUCUCAGGCAGAAGGGAAAAGGACUCCAGUGGCUCAAUACCCAUGUGACCUGUGCAAGGGAGACCAUUACGAGGUCAGGUGUGAUCAAUUCGGCAGGAUGACACCACAAGAGCGGAUCCAAGUGGUGGAUCAAUUCAGACUGUGUCCAAACUGCCUUGGACACCACCGAGUCGAAACAUGCAAGUCUCGGUUCAGAUCUCCAGGAUCAUCAUACUCGUUCAACACCGUUGCCCAACUUCAAGAUCACCGUACUCAAGAUUCAACAGAUCCAGAUCAUCAUUCAUCAGUUCCAGACUCAUCAACUGGUUGUGCUCCAGCUCAACAUGCUGCAACGUUACUCGCAACGUGCCAAGUCAACGUCGUGACCAAGCUAAGUACUCAUCCAAUUCGCAUAUUACUAGAUUCCGGUUCUGAAAUCUCCUUUAUUUCAGAUAUAUUGACAAAGGUAUUACACUUACGCCGCACGCGGUCUAAUAUAACCAUUUUAGGGAUCGGAUCAUCAAAGGCUGGCCAUACCAAGGAAUGUGUGACCAUUACCCUAGCUUCACAACAUUUAGACCAGUCACUCACGCUGCAGGUUCACAUCCUAGGUGGAUUAACGGCUCAAUUACCAGCCACUUCCGUAAUAGGUGCCGAUGUGGCUCACUUCUCGGAUCUUACACUCGCCGAUCCAGACUUUGCAUCUCCAGGCCCAAUUGAUGUCAUCGUUGGAGCCAACUAUUAUGGUCAAGUCAUCACUGGAGAGAUCAUCAGAUGCGAGGCACCUGGACUGCUCGCAAAAAAUACAAUUUUUGGAUGGAUCAUCCUUGGUCCAGUCCAAGCUAACUCAACACCACCACCUAGGGCUCAUCACGCUGUCUCCAAUCAAUGUGACCAGGGUCUCCAGGAUUUAUUAUCCAGAUUCUGGCUUCAAGAGGAGGUCAUGUUGGAUCAUUCGCACUCGUUAUCACCUGAUGAAGAAGCCUGUGAGGCCCACUUCAAGGAUACUCAUUCACGAGACAGCUCUGGCAGAUACAUCGUCAGAUUGCCACUGAUAUCAUCUCCAAAUCAGCUAGGAGACUCACAUACAGCAGCACGCCGCUGCUUACAGCAUCUCAUGCAUCGUCUCGAGCAUGAUACAAGACUCAAGACACUCUACAUGCAAUUCAUGAAGGAGUAUCAAGAUCUCAAUCACAUGCAACCUGCAGCUUUACAAUCAUCAGCAGCUCAGUACUUCCUACCUCAUCAUGGGGUACUGAAGGAAGACAACAAUACAAGCAAGAUCCGUGUGGUUUUCAAUGGCUCAAAACCAACCAGUUCAGGACUCUUACUCAAUGAUAUCAUGCAUACUGGGCCGAAGUUACAGGUCAACAUCUUCGAUGUACUUAUCACAUCAAGAAAACAUCGGUUCAUCUUCAUCAUCGACGUCACCAAGAUGUAUCGACAGAUACAAGUCCAUGAAGAUGAUCAAGAUCUUCAACAAAUUCUCUGGUUCGACGAGCAAGGAAACAUCAUUCCAUUUAGGCUCACCACCCUCGUAGAAGAUGAAGGACAUCGGUUCCGACUAGCAAUCACACCACUCACGAAAGGUCGCUAUGUUGAUGACAUCUCCGGCGGCGCAGACGACUUCGCAUCACUUCAAGCAGUUGCUGAUGACACUGAAAGUCUCUGCACGGCGGGCGGCUUUCCACUCGCAGAAUGGGCAAGCAAUCAUCGCAGACUACGUCAAAUCAAUCGUGCGAAAGCGAUUACACAAUAUAAAAUCGAGGAUCCAGAAGUCAGCACCAAGAUUUUGGGGAUAUACUGGUCUUCACACAGAGAUCAAUUUUCAUUCAAACAUUUACCAUCGUGCACCACUCAACCAUGCACGAAGCGUGCAAUAUUAUCAGAGAUUGCUCAAAUCUUUGAUCCACUGGGAUUCCUAUCAUCAAUCAUUAUUCAAGCUAAGAUGUUCAUGCAGGAACUCUGGCUUGUGAAACUCGGCUGGGACACUCCACUGUCAGCUGAUCUUCGGCAUAAGUGGAUAUCAUUCAAAAGGCAACUCAACAUGAUCAACGUCAUCGAGAUUCCCAGAUGGAUCCACUCGUCCACGACUUCCACUCUAGAAAUCCAUGGAUUCUCCGACGCAUCGCAAUUGGCGAUGGCGGCAGUAGUAUUCAUCAAGGUCCUACCAGCAGAUCAUUCUCAAGAAGCAAAGGUUACGCUGCUUUGCUCCAAGACCAAGGUGGCACCGUUGAAACAAUUAACCAUUCCACGCUUGGAACUCACAGCUGCUCACAUGUUGGCAAAAAUCGUCAAGCAUUAUCUAGUUCCAGAUGGCCACUGGAAGUUUGUUCCUGGCACAGACAAUCCAGCAGACUGCGCAACUCAAGGCUUGACAACAGUUCAACUCAAGGAUCAUCGAUUAUGGUGGUCUGGCCCACCAUGGUUACUCAGAGACUCAUCGUCCUGGCCAACCAGCCCAAUUCACCUCGAUACAGAUGAUCAACUAGAAGAACGCCCAAUCAAGGCAUUCUACGUUACAGCUCAGCCCUUAGAAUCAACUUGGAAGAUCAUGGAGCGCCCAAUUCCGUUGCUGCGCAUGCUCAGAGCCACAGCAAUAUGUUGGAGAGUGCGCGACAUGGUCCAGCACAAGCCAAAUUCAACAUUGGUCCGUCCAAUCUCAUCCCAAGAAAUCAACCUCGCACUUCAAUUCUGCAUCAAGGAGACUCAGCGAGUUCACUUUCAUUCUGAGCUCCAACUACUCGGAAAACAAGCAUCAUGGCCCAAGGAUCACCCGUUUGCACGAUUGGUUGCCUUUCAAGACACCGAUGGCAUCAUUCGUGUAGGAGGGAGACUGGAGAAUGCUCCAGAUUCUGAUCAGCAAAAGCACCCUGCAAUUUUACCUCGUGAUGCUGCUCUGACUCGGCUCAUCAUCUCUGACGCUCAUCAGCGUACCAUGCACGGUGGAACUCAAAUUACGCUAGCAUAUAUUCGACAACGAUAUUGGAUCAUCGGUGGACGUCAACCUGUACGCUUACACAUUCUCAAGUGUCUCGUCUGUGCUCGACAUCGAGGUGUUCGAGCUCAACAAUUAAUGGGACAGUUACCAGCCCAACGUGUCACUCCAUCUCCACCUUUCUCACAUACAGGAGUUGAUUACGCUGGUCCAGUAUCAAUCAAAUCUUGGAAAGGAAGAGGAUCAAAGGUGUACAAAGGCUGGAUCUGUGUGUUUGUCUGCUUAACUACUUCAGCAGUCCACCUGGAUCUGGUCAGUGACUAUUCAUCAUCAGGAUUCAUUGCAGCUCUCAGACGCUUCAUCCACCGUCGAGGUGUCUGUAUAUCACUCUACAGCGACUGUGGGACAACCUUUCAAGGCGCAUACUCGGAAAUCAAACGACUCUUCGUCCGAGGAACUCAGGAAUCAAGAGAUCUACUCGAUUGGGCCACAGUACACCAGAUUACAUGGCAGUUCAAUCCACCAGCAGCCCCUCACAUGGGUGGAAAGUGGGAGGCAGCUGUGAAAUCACUGAAACAUCACCUAACUCGAACCAUUGGAGAAUCAUCACUCACGUUUGAGGAAUUUACGACUUUUCUGACGCAAGUGGAGGCGAUUCUCAACUCACGACCCAUGGAGGCCCUAUCAGAUGACCCUCAGGAUCUGAUACUCAUAGUCCGGUCAUUUUAG